AUGGUAGCUCCAGCUGAGGAGAGCGACGAUGUUCUCAAAAAUACACUUGAGGUCGGGGUACCAUCACAUCCUAGUCAGGCCAGAGGAUGUACAGAAGACCGCUUUCAGGUCGCGCUAUGGUCACUACGAAACAGAGAAGAACACGCAGAGCAUCUGAGGGUGGUGUUGGGGAUUCUCAGAGAACAUCAUUUGUAUGGGAAGUUAUCAAAAUUUGAGUUCUGGCUGGAGGAGGUACAAUUCCUAGGCCAUUUAAUCUCAGCCCAAGGAAUAUCAGUUGAUCCGGCCAAGAUCGAGACAGUGGUGAAGUGGGAGAGGCCACAGACAGUUACAGAGGUGCGGAGUUUCCUGGGUUUGGCAGGGUAUUAUCGGCGAUUCGUGGAGGGUUUCUCCAAGAUGGUGAGUCCCCUGACACAGCUCACCAGAAAGAACCAACCCUUCUCAUGGACAGAUGAGUGUGAGGCCUGCUUUGAAGAUAUGAAGAGAAGAUUGACUACCGCACCAGUACUGGCAAUCCCUGACACGACUAAAAUGUUUGAGGUAUACAGUGAUGCCUCGUACCAGGGGUUGGGUUGUGUGCUGAUGCAGGAUAAACAACUUGUGGCCUAUGCAUCGAGACAGUUGAAGGUGCAGGAGAAAAAUUACCCGACGCAUGACUUGGAGUUAGCGGUAGUGGUGUUUGCCCUCAAGACAUGGAGGCAUUAUUUGUAUGGAACGUAG